AUGCCUGGUGAAAUUCGGACUGUCUGCAAGGUCGACCUUGACAAGCCUGCUAGUGAGCAGUCUCAGCUUCAUAAUAGAUGGCACCCAGACAUCCCCUUUGCGGGCAAGAUCAAGGAUGGCGAGACCGUUAAGAUCGAGUGUGUCGACUGGACCGGCGGCCAGAUCAAGAACAAUGACUCUGCAGACGACAUGAGAAACGUGGACUUGACGAAGAUUCACUAUCUCUCCGGGCCGUUUGAAGUUGAAGGCGCACAGCCGGGCGAUGUCCUGCUUGUUGAGAUAAUGGACGUGCAACCCUUCCAGGACCAGCCAUGGGGGUUUACAGGAGUGUUUGACAAGAGCAAUGGAGGCGGGUUCCUGGACGAGAUCUAUCCAUCAGCCGCAAAAGCCAUCUGGGACUUCGAGGGCAUAUACUGCACCUCCAGGCACAUCCCCCACGUCAAGUUCGCCGGUCUCAUCCACCCGGGCAUCCUGGGCUGUGCCCCCUCUCCCGAGGUCCUGGCGACAUGGAACGAGCGCGAGGGCCAGCUCAUCGCCAGCUCCAAGCUCGAGGGCCGCGACGUCGCGCUGCCGCCGCUGCCCCACAACUGCCACCCGGGCGGUGUCACCACGUCCGAGGUGGACCUCACCGAGAAGAUCGGCCGCGAGGGGGCGCGCACCGUGCCCGGCCGGCCGGAGCACGGGGGGAACUGUGACAUCAAGAACUUAUCGCGCGGCAGCAAGGUGUACCUCCCCGUCCACGUUGACGGCGCCAAGUUCAGCGUUGGCGACUUGCACUUUAGCCAGGGCGACGGUGAGAUCAGCUUCUGUGGGGCGAUCGAGAUGGCCGGCGUCAUCACGAUAAACUUCAAGGUCCUCAAGAACGGGCUCGCGGACCUGGGCAUGAAGAGCCCCAUCUACGUCCCCGGCCCUGUCGAGCCGCAGUUCGGCCCGGGCAGGUACAUCUACUUCGAGGGCUUUAGUGUCGACCAGCACGGGAAGCAGCAUUAUCUUGAUGUUGCUGUUGCUUAUCGGCAGACUACGCUGCGCGUAAUCGAAUAUCUCCGCCGCUUUGGCUACAGUGACUACCAGAUCUACCUCCUGCUGUCGUGCGCGCCGGUCCAGGGCCACGUCGCGGGCAUCGUGGACAUCCCGAACGCAUGCACCACCAUCGGCCUGCCGAUCGACAUCUUCGACUUUGACAUCUCGCCGAGCGGGCCAGCGAAGAAGCUGGACAUGGGCACGUGCGCGUUCGAGACGGGCGUCACGGAGGGCAAGGUCACGGCCGGUGGGGAGAACAGCGAGCACAGCUACGGCGGCGGCCUCACCUACAAGUCGUGA